GGUUGAUCUGUGGAUUCCAUAUUAUACCCGAUCUGUGAAUGACAUUUAUUGGAAAUAUCAAUUUUCCUUUAAAUUUUGCUGUCAACAAAUAUUUUUCACAAACUCCAUACCCAUGUCUGCUUCCAAGUUACAAGAUGACAUUCCUUUAGCAGACGACGAUCCCCAAGUAAUAAUCAACGAUGAACCCGAACCAAAUUCUAUGUCAGAGGGUAAUUCUUCCAGUAUGAUUCACGGAAGGAGUAUGGAUUCUAUACAGUCUCAGUUUACAAACGGCAGUUCUAGUCCCCAGCACAACAGUCUUGAACCUGACACGAGUCCUGAUGAGCAGGAGGAAAAGGCUCGUUUGAUUUCCCAAGUCCUCGAAUUGCAGAACACCUUAGACGACUUGUCCCAGCGGGUGGAUAGUGUGAAGGAAGAAAACCUAAAGCUGCGCUCCGAGAAUCAAGUCCUCGGACAAUACAUUGAGAAUUUAAUGUCCGCAUCUAGUGUAUUCCAGUCAACCUCGCCAAAGAUUAAAAAGAAAUAAAUAUAUGUAUUAUUA